GCACCCCUCUGGUCAGCCGCGGCCUGGGCGGGCACAGGCGCGGGGUCGGUAUUUCUGAGCCCUAUCCGGGCACUUCCCCGGAGCUGGCCGGAUCCCAAUCUUCUAGGGCCUGGGAAAGGGGGGCCUGGGAAGGACCGAGGUCCCGAUAAUAACAAUGAAAAAUUCACUCCGACUAGCAUUAACUGAACACUUCCGUGUCAGGUAUUUACCAUGCGGAUCGUUGAAUUUAAACACCUCAUGGAAAGUGCUGUCACUUCUUUUAGGAGUGAAGCAACAGAUCCAGAGAGGUGGAGUGACUUACCCAAGGUACACAGCUAGUAAGAGGCUGAUCUGGAAUUCAAAUCUCAGAGGCCAGACCUGGAGUCUUAGCCACUAGACUGCAUGGCCAGUGGCUCCAUGGCUGAGACGUUCCUGAACAACUCCUCCGCCUGCUGCACUGACGGCCCACCCCCUACCUCCCCCCUACGCACACACUAUACAUACCAUCUAGGUCACACCUGCUGGUCUUUGCUUCUCCCCCCACUCUCUCCUCCCCAGAAGUCACCAGACACUCAAAGAAUAAGCUGCCCCAUGUCCCUUCUCCCCUGAGCUGGAACGCAUCGCUAGAGUACCUGUGCCCCGAGACGAGAGUGAUGUCUUCAGGGAAGAUAGGCAGGGGGCCAGGAUGCUGGGGUCCUGUGCCUGCCGGGCCCUCCUUGGAAGCCUCAGCCAACGCAGGCACAGUAGGCAGGCGCAGUAGGCGUUCUCCCUGGAAACACCCAGGAGCCGGUUUUUCAAGACUGAAUCAGAGGCCUCCCGCCUUCCUCUCCAAAGCAUUACCCUGGGAAAGGGGAGCCUGGGCGUGGUGUCUCCCCUCCCCGAGUUUGUGUCAGCUCCUAGGAACCCCCUUCCCACUUCCUGCUCCCCGCCCCCACAGCCAUUCUAUGUGGCUGUGGGGUUGCUAAGUUUCAGGCCCUUCCCAGGGAAGGAAGAAAAGGUAGGGAUGCUGGAGUUCCAGCUAACCCGCUAACCCGUUCGAUGCCCAGGCUGAAACUCCUUUUCUCCCACCCUGUCUUCAGAUUUGAGGGGAGCCUGGGAACGUGAGGUAAGAUGGCAGUUUGCAACUCCACAGCAGGCAUGAUCUGAGGAUUUGGAGGCUCAGAGAACAGUCAGAAUGAGGACAUAAGAUACAUUCGUUCAUACAAAUAUUUAUUGAGCACCUACUCUGUGCCAGGCACUAUUCUUGGCACAGAGGAUUCGGUAGUGAACAAGACAAAAAUCCUUGCUCUUGGGGAGCUGCCAUUUCUAGUGGGGGAAACAAGCAACAAACAAGCUAACAAGUAAACGAAGAAACCUGCAGUUGUUGAUAACUACUAUGAAUAAAAUAUGAGGGAGUGGCAUGAUAGAAACUCUGGGCAAGGGGGGCUUUCGGAGAAGUUGACUUUGGAGCCGAGACCUUAAUGGCAAAAAGGAGCCAACCCUGUAAAGAUCAGGCAGGGGACACAGCCAGAGCAAAGGCUCUGAGGCUGGACCAGGUUUGGAAUAGGGUGGCUGGGGCAGGAGAUGCAGCCAAAGCCACUAUUCUACAGGAGUCUGGGGGUCACAUUAAGGAGUUUGGAGCUUUUUCUCCAUCAGGUGGGAAACCAUUGUAGGAUUUGAGGCAGGGGAGUGAUAUGAUCUGGUUUACAUUUUAAAAUAGAGACACGAAGUUAAAUAACAGCCUAAGACUGGAAGACAAGCAUUCUGCCAGGGCAACAUGUAAUUAAGUUCAUGGGCCUGAGCCGUCUGGACCACAGGGGCGGUUCCAACAGGCAGGGGCAAGCCCGGGAGGCUGCCUGGAGGAAGUGGCCUGGAGUAGGUCCUGGUGGGCAGAGGGGAUGGCAUGUUCCUAGGCAGGGCAGAGGAAGAGGCAGUAUAGUAAUGAUAAUAAAAUAACAACUUAAACUGAAUGUCAGGCAAAGUGCUAAGCAGGUUACAUGCAUAAUCUCUUUGAAUCUCCAUAAGCACUCUGAAAGACAGUACUUCUGCCCAUUUUUCAGAUGGGGAAACUGAGGUCCUGUCAAAUGAAGUGACUUGCCUAUGGCCACACAGCUGGAUCACUCUGGCUGCUGUGUUGACAAGAGACCGUGGGGGGCAAGGGCAAAAGCCAGAAGACCCGAAGGAGGGAGCUAUACUAGUCUAGAUCUUCUGGACGCGACCCCUCUUUCCGUUGCUCAUGCCGCUGGGACUGGGGCGGCGGAAAAAGGCGCCGCCUCUGGUGGAAAAUGAGGAAGCUGAGCCAGGCCGAGGUGGGCUGGGCGUGGGGGAGCCAGGGCCCCUGGGUGGAGGUGGAGCAGGGGGGCCCCAAAUGGGCUUGCCCCCUCCUCCCCCGGCCCUGCGGCCCCGCCUCGUGUUCCACACCCAGCUGGCCCACGGCAGUCCCACUGGCCGCAUCGAGGGCUUUACCAACGUCAAGGAGCUGUACAGCAAGAUCGCCGAGGCCUUCCGGCUGCCAGUUGCUGAGGUGAUGUUCUGUACUCUCAAUACCCACAAAGUGGACAUGGACAAGCUCCUCGGGGGCCAGAUUGGGCUGGAGGACUUCAUCUUCGCCCACGUCAAGGGGCAGCGCAAAGAAGUGGAGGUGUUCAAGUCGGAGGAGGCGCUGGGGCUCACCAUCACGGACAACGGGGCAGGCUAUGCCUUCAUCAAGCGGAUCAAGGAGGGCAGUGUAAUCGACCACAUCCAGCUCAUCAGCGUGGGUGACAUGAUCGAGGCCAUCAAUGGACAGAGCCUGCUGGGCUGCCGGCACUAUGAAGUGGCCCGGCUGCUCAAGGAGCUGCCCCGAGGCCGCACCUUCACACUGAAGCUCACGGAGCCCCGCAAGGCUUUUGACAUGAUCAGCAUGCGUUCAGCGGGUGGCCGCCCUGGCUCUGGCCCCCAGCUGGGCACUGGCCGAGGGACCCUCCGGCUUCGAUCGCGGGGCCCUGCCACAGUAGAGGAUCUGCCCUCGGCCUUUGAGGAGAAGGCGAUUGAGAAAGUAGAUGACCUGCUGGAGAGUUACAUGGGCAUCAGGGACACAGAGCUGGCGGCCACCAUGGUGGAACUUGGGAAGGACAAGAGGAACCCAGAUGAGCUGGCUGAGGCCCUGGAUGAGCGGCUUGGUGACUUCGCCUUCCCUGAUGAGUUUGUCUUUGAUGUCUGGGGUGCCAUUGGGGAUGCCAAGGUUGGCCGUUACUAAGCCUCCCACUGGACCUUGUGAUGGCCUGAGCCCAACGUGGUGUGAGUCCCUGGGGUGGGGACACCACAGCCAGUAUCCAGCUCGGGCCUGGCCCAGCAGCCCCAGGACAGUGCAGCGCGGAGGUGGGGCAGAGCCCAUGCCCCACUCCAGUUGGUACCACCCCCUCCCUGGUUCCCAGUCUGGCUGGGGUCCCUAGCUGUCCCCUCUGCCCUGUUCCCCACCUACCUCAGCCGGGUCAGACGCGGGGAGGGACCAGCCAGAUUGGCCAGCCAGCCCCUGUCCCCAAAACUUUCCACAUCAGCUGCCAAACUGGUCCCUCUGUCUCCCUGGGACCUCCGGUUCUAUUUGGGGGUCCUGGCCUCCCUGGUUUCCUGAUGCAGGGAAUCCAAACGUGGGGGUAUCCCCCUUUAGCAAAUGCAAUAAUACCCUCCCCUUCCACUGCCCCACUCCAGAGGAGCCCCCUACCUCCGCAUUUGAAACACAAGUCUGCUGUGAACCCCCAACCUCCCCAACCCUCCGUGUCUCCCUCAGCCCAGCCCCUGACAGAUGGGGCAAGAGAGAAGAUGGCGGUGGGCUUUUAUAUCUGAAUUUGCUGUCUGGAACAUAAAGACUCUAUCUGCUGUU